GUUUGGUUGAGGUUUUAAGAACAAUUGAUUUCGAACAUGAAUCCUACCCAACAUAUGAAGAUUUUGCAUUUCUUCCUGUGUUUGCUAUCUUCUUUCCAGUUGUUCGAUAUUUCCUCAACAUAUAUGUUUUUGAGGACGAGCAAAGAGUAGAUAUGUCAUGAAGAUUUGGAUCCUUUAGAUGUGACACUUCUAUAAGUAUGGUGGCCAUGAAGACAUGAACAUCAAUGAAACUUGUAGCACAAACCCCUUUUUCUGUAAGUGAUUUCUAAGAUAAAAUGAGGUGAUAGUGGUUGACUCAAUGGAUAUAACAUUUUGGGGAUCUAAACAUGGAAGAUAAAGAGGAAAAGUUGAGUUUACCAUGGUUAAAUCAAAACCAAACAAGCAACCCACAAAAUCGACUAACAAUUUAACGGAAAAUAUCAAAUGUAUAUACAAUCGGUUCCCAAACGUUUCACAUUUCUUGAUUGAGUGACAUGUUGCAGGGUAUAGGAAGGAGAUUAAUUAUUUCAAAGGAGUAUCAGAAGUUAGAUAUCGAUAUAGAAGAAAGAAACAAAAAACUACGAAAAUUUAAAGAAUCGGCAUGGAAAUGUGUUUAUUAUCUUUCAGUUGAAUUUUUUGCUAUAAUUGUUACUCAUAAUGAGCCCUGGUUCACAAAUACUAUCAACUUCUGGAUAGGUCCUGAUAAUCAGAGAUGGCCUGACCAAAAAGCAAAGUUAAAAUUGAAAGCUCUAUACAUGUAUGCGGGUGGAUUCUACAUGUAUUCAAUCUUUGCUUUAAUUUUUUGGGAAACAAGGUCUGUCUUUGUUGUGUCAAUGGGUCAUCAUGUUGCAAGUGUCAUCCUCAUUGUAAUGUCUUAUAUUUGCAGAUUUGUGCGUGUUGGUUCUGUGAUUUUAGCUCUUCAUGGUGCGAGCGAUGUAUUUCUUGAAGUAGUAAAGAUGUCUAAAUACAGUGGUGCUGAAGGACUUGCAAGUUUUUCAUUUAUGUUAUUUGUGAUUUCAUGGCUAAUCCUUCGACUUAUUUAUUACCCUUUUUGGAUUAUGCAGAGUACAAGUUAUGAAAUUGUUAUGAUGUUGGAUAAAGAAAGGAAGGAUACACUGAUACCAAUCUACUACUAUAUCUUCAACACCCUUCUUUUCUUCUUGCUGGUUCUUCAUAUCUAUUGGUGGGUAUUGAUAUAUCGGAUGCUUGUUAAGCAAAUCCAAGAUAGAGGAAAACUUAAUGAUGAUGUUCGUUCACAUUCUGAUAGUAAUCAUGAACAUGAAGAUUGAUCAAUCAUUUUUGUAGUAAAAAGGUAAUUGGAUUCAUAAAUAACGUGCAUGCUAAACAACUAUUGGUGGGUGAAUGAAAUUACAACAUGAAAGUUUCGUUACUCAAUCAAGGCAUGGUGUAUUUGUAUACAUGGCUCACAACACCAUACUUAAAUACUCGUGUUGCAAAUAAGGGUUUUUCCUUAAAACCCUCUUAUAGAAGAGUUGUGGUAUUGAAAUAUCGAAGACCUAUUCUCUAGCUUUUAUCUGUCGUAUUCCUAUAGAAGAGUUGUACUCUAUAACGAAGGUUACACACCUUCGAUAUAUAUUUUUAUUUCAGUGUGCACAUUUUGUACGUACUUUGAUGUCGAAGUCACACCAUAUAUUUUCGUGUCUGUUAAAAAAAAAUAAAAAUAGUGUUGUAUUCAUAAGUAUUAGGUAUGUAAGUUCAUUCAUUACAAAUUUGUAAUUAAGAUUGCUUCUAGACAUAAUAAAGCUUAAACAUAAUUAUUGA